UUGUUGUUUUGAAACAUGUGACCAAACGAUUUCAGUGACGUUUAUUUAGAGCAGUAAGUUUUUCCUCCACAUCACUGAUUGAUUAGCCAGUCACUGCACAGCAGACAUAAAGGGGCCGAAGCCUUGAGGACACACAGCAGCAACACUUAAGGGACAAAACCACCAAAAUGUCCUAUAAAACGUCCUCGUUGGUGCCGGGGGACGUGGACAACCUGCGAAGAAGAUCAGUGGCUGAAUCUACAGAUACCUGUUGUGAUCCUGAGCAUCAUCAUCAGUUUCCACGGCUACAGGUUUACCCUGAAAGGCCGUGCCUCGGGCCCCAGCAUCCAGACCUAGGUCCAGUGGCGACGCCAUCCCCAGAUGCUUCUGCUCAACACUUCUGCCACUUCACCCCAAAAUGUUUGCUCGCUGUCCACAGAGGAGCACAUUGCACCUCUCCAACACGGCAUGUAGAAGAAGGAUGGCAUGACAACACCUCGAGGACCACUAUCAGAGUUGAUAAUGAGGUUGAGGCUCACAGAGAGGCUAAUAACUACAAGUUUGGCUUCAGAAAAUGGAAAGGCAACGUAACUGAGAAGCCAAUUGAAGACCGCUCCGAUAUCGACAAAGAAUUGCACACCGACCUUAGCAUUGUAAAGCAACAAGGAGCUUCAGUGGUCACGUUUGGGAACAUAGCUUAUGUGUUUUUAUUUGGCUGGUGGAUUUCGUUGUUCUACAUCCUCAUUUGUCCCGUAAUGUUUCUAACAAUCUGCGGUGCUUCCUAUGGCAAACUUUGUUUCAAGUUGGCAUGGUACUUUCUGUGGCCAUUUGGGAAUUCAAUAGAGAAGGUCAGUGCUGUAAACAGAAGGACCACCGUGAUGCCGACAAACUGUGAGAUCAUUCAACAAGAACAGGAUGGGGGGGACUGUGAACCCCUUCUGGUAUCUUCUCCUAUAGAGCUCCACAUCCCAGCUCUGCCUACAAAAAAACCAUCAAAGCACUGGGGGCGAGUCAGUACCUACAUUUGGUUGUUCCUGGGUUACCCCGUGCUGGCCAUUGUCCACUCUCUUGCAUGUGUUCUCUCCUGGCUGCUGGUCUUCACCAUCCCAGUAGCAAAAAUGAACGGUCGUGUCCUGACCACUGUCCUCCUUAUGGCGCCUGAGGAAGUUCAGAUCCACAAAGUAGACAAGACAGUUGUGUGUGAGACCAGAGUCAUCUUAUGCUGUUACCAAGCUUUUAAUAUGUAUUACUACAAAUACACUGUCCAAGGAAUCAACAUUUUUGCUCUCAACCUGCUGCCUUUGGUUUUUAUGACUUUAAUUAUCGGCUACACUGACCGCGAGCAUAAACAUUUGAGUGCAGAGACCAUGUUUACUAUCGCCAUUACUUCUAUCAUCCCCCUGUCCUACUAUAUUGGCAUGGGAAUAGCUAGCAUUUCUGCACAGAGUAACUUUGCAGUGGGAGCGGUGGUGAACGCUACCUUUGGCUCCAUUGCAGAGAUGACGUUUUACAUCACUGCACUGCUGCGGGGGCAUCGUGCUGGCAGCAAAUGUUACGAAGAGAUCGUCAAAGCUGCACUUACUGGGACGCUGCUCGGGUGUAUACUCUUCAUACCUGGGAUUUGUAUGACUGUUGGGGGCAUUAAACACAGCGAGCAGAGAUUUAACAGCCGUUCAGCCGGUGUGAGCUCAGCUCUGCUCUUCAUAUCCAUCGGGGGUGUGUUUGCACCCACCCUUUUCUCAAAGAUCUUUGGCAGUCUGGUGUGUGAAAACUGCUCCAAUAACCUGGGCAACGCCAGCGCACCUUUCGUCUGCAACGACUGUCACUAUUCCACGAGUCAAACUGACUCUCAUUUGAUUCUGUCCAACAUCGAGCCUCUUGUGUACACGAUAUCUGUCCUGCUGCCUGCUUCGUACCUGAUCGGCCUCAUCUUCACGCUAAAGACCCACUCCCACAUCUACGAUAUUCAAAUUAGCGAUGGCCACGGGGGCCAUGUACAUGCAGGUCACCAUGUUGUGCACUGGUCCCGUUGGAGGGCUCUUGCGGUGCUGAUCGUGGCCACCGUGCUGAUGACGUGCUGCGCUGACCUUUGCACUGAAAACAUUGAGCCCAUUCUGACCCAUUCCUCCAUCUCUCAGUACUUCAUCGGAGUCACUGUGUUGGCCAUGGUGCCAGAGCUUCCUGAGAUCGUCAACGGGGUCCAGUUUGCUCUGCAGAACAACAUCAGCUUGAGCCUUGAAGUUGGUAGUUGUAUUGCCGUGCAGGUCUGUAUGAUUCAGAUUCCACUUCUCAUCCUUUUUAAUGCGUUCUAUGACGUUGGCUUUGUGCUGGUGUUCAGUGAUAUUCAUCUUUGGGCCAGCAUCUUCAGCGUUAUUCUGGUCAAUUAUAUCUUCAUGGAUGGAAAAUGUGACUAUUUUCAGGGCACAGCAUUAGUGGCGGUUUAUCUCAUCAUUUUGGCUCUUUACUACUUCGCUCCUUCUCCACGUUCUUGUUAA